AUGAGUAAGAAAGGUGGACGUAAGAAUAAGAAGGUGACAAAAUUAAUUAUUGGUGAAGAAGAAAUUAAUAAUGUAGAUGACCUUUUAACUACUUAUGUCGAAGAAAAAAAAGGUGUUAAACCAAAAGAGUCUUCAGAUAUUUAUGUCCCUAAUUUUGCUAAUCAUCAGGAAAGACCACAAAGACAACCACGUGCUGAAGGUGAAAAAAAAGAAGACGACGGAUUGUGGACUGUCAGACAUGGACAUGACUUUAAGAGACGCCCACCUAAAAAAGAUAGAGAAGAAGAUCGUGAGCCUCAACCCAGUGAAGCUGACACAGCCGAUUCAUGGAGAAGAAAAGAUGGAGAAGCAUUUGUUCCUAGAAAAGGAGGUGAUGCUACUGAAAGAAACCAAAGAGAAUAUGGUACAAGAGAACCUAGACAACCAGCUGGACCAAGUGAAGCUGAUACAGCUGAUUCAUGGAGAAGAAAAGAUAGUGAUGUACCUAUUCCUAAAAAAACAUAUGAAAGAAGGCAUGAAAAUACAGAGAAACCACAUAGAGAUUUCGGAGAAAGAAGAAACGAUGAUAGAGGAAAGAGAACAUUUGGACCAAAAGAUGGUCAACAUCAAAAUACAAAGAAAAGUACUCAACAUAUAAAACAAGGGAAAAAGACUUCAAAGCAAUCAUCUAAACCUGUUGUUGAUGAAGAAGGAUGGAUGACUCAAUAA